AUGUGUUUUUUUCGUGGGCACUGCUCCGUACCAACUGCUGUACACUACUUAUCGGUCAUCGCAUGCAACCUGGCACUUUUGGAGUGUCGCCGAUUAGCUAGAUUUUGCCUUAGUUGUUGCUUCAAGCAAACACUUCAUCUGCGGAUCCUCACCCUCGAAGACCGUGCACCCAGAUGCUGCCCACGAGGCUUGGAUGACACGGUUACAGCGCAGCUGACGAAACUGAACCGGACUAGCUCGGAGAUUUCUGGGAGUGUGGACGUGGACUCAUCGGAUUGGACUGACCAGUACCACAGAGCAGUCCGAUACCAAUUCCUGAUCCUGAGCAUGGUGAUCACAGUCGUUGUCAUGAAUGUUUACAUUGGGCUAUUGGGAGAGCUUUACCAACAAGCAGAGAAGCGAUCUCGACAGCUCUACAACCACUAUCGUGCGACCUGUGCCUACCGUCACAUGUGUGAGAGGCUAGCCCUGUGUUUUCUGCCAAACAAGCUCGGGAUCUGCUGUGGGGAAUCGAGUGGCAAGACUGACAGUGGACUUUACUGGUUCAUUUACAACAAGAAGCUGCUGACGGAUGAUGAGGACGGAGAUUCAGACAGCAAAAGCGACUAA